CCUCCUCCUACCCAGCCCUGUGCUUGGCUUGGCUCUUUCCUCCCCUGCGUUGGUUUCCUUUGCCCCACCAUGCCCAGACCCCCCUCCGCAAUGCUGCCACACUGGCAGCUCCAAAUUCCCCGACACCUGUAAACUUUGGAUUUUUCAUAUUUGGUUUUUCAAUUUAUUUGUUUUUCUUCGAGAGGGUCGACCUGUGAAUUUGUUGGAUUUACAUGGAUCAGGAAACAAGGCUGUGAUCACAGAGUGGGAAUGGAGUAAUUUUCUUGUUUUGUUCUUUGUUGUUGUUUAUUUUACGGACAAGUGGAUGCUGAUCGGAUUUAUACUGAAGCGGUGAUUUUUGUCAGUCAGUUCUGAAUGAGGAGGCGUUGCCCCCAACUCAAAGUAUCAUACCUGAAAUAACCUCCAUAUCACCAUGGCUGAAGGCAGCAAAUCUGCCUCCUCCACUUCAGCCAGUGGCUCCAAUGGAGCCGCGGCCCCUCAGACGAGCUUUCUCAAGUCGAUGGGUCUGGGGGUCCUCAGGAAGGUGAAAGUGUCUGUGGAGCUGUUGUUUGCACUGGCUGCUCUGCUGUCCUGGGUGGUUGUGGGAGUGGUGAUGUUUGACAUUGUGGAGUACAAGACAGUCCCAGACAUUCAGCAAAUCAUUACGGACCCUGUGCAAGCUGUCAACGACGCUGUCGAUGAAGUAUCCAGUCUGCUCAAUAAAUUUCAAGAAUGUGCCCCCGAUCUAAGUGACCCCAUGUCUACUGCCUUGUAUGUAGCAGAGGAAAUAUCAGAAGCAAAAGAUGGAUUUGUUCGGUAUUAUUCAGACGAUGAAGGAAACUUCUAUCUCAGCUACGUUGACCCCGUGGUCAUUGGUAGACGAGCUUUCCAUUCAACCAAUGACUUCAUGUGUGGAGUGGUGGGCUCCUUCAGAGGCUCGCUGUGUGCUGUUGUGGACACCUUAUUGGAUACUUUACUGGAUAUAAAUAAAGGAAAAAUUGACCUUCGCGACAUUGACCCUGUGGUCACAGGCAGAGGUGCCUUCGGUGGUAUCAUUGACUUCAUGUGUGGAGUGGAGGCCUACAUUCAGAAUGUGCUCAGUGCCAUUUUGGACACAAUUCUGGAUGUGGUGAAAGGAACCACUGACAUCAGCUUCAUGGAUCCUGUGUUAAUUGGCAGAAAUGUCUUCAGCGUGGCCAAUGACACUGUGGGUGGAAUCACGGGCUACAUCCAGGACACGCUCUGUGCCAUCUUAGACACUACACUGGAUUUGAUAAAAGGAACCACCGACAUUGACCUUAUUGACCCGGUGGUCCUCUGCAGAAAUGUCUUCAGUGUUACCAAUGACUUUGUGGGUGGAGUCACAACAUAUAUCCAGAAUGUGCUUUGUGCAAUCUUGGAUGUAAUACUGGACACAUUAAAAGACGUCCAGCAUGCUGUGGGUUUCAGUCCCAUGUCGGCUCUGAAGAGAACAGCAGAAAUCGCCACAGAACAGAUAAACAUGCUUGUGAGCUACUUCUCCACAUUGCUGGUCGGUGAUCAAGGGAUCAUGCCUGAAGUGUCCAUCGACCCCAUGAAAGUUGUUGAAGAUGCUGUGUUGGAGUUCUCAGACAAGAAAGAUUUGUUCUUGGCUUACAUGUCAAGCAUGCUUGUUGGUGAUCAAGGUGAACCUGUUGCCAGGCCAGUUGUAAAUGUAGUAACUGAAGAAGAUAAAACUGCAGCUUCUCCAGCUGAUAUAACAUUGGUGAGAAAAAAAGGGGAAUUUCUGCCACCAUUGGAAAAAGUUCUCAAAGAAGCAAAGGAAAGACAUGCACUAAAAGGGGUUAAAGAGGCCAUUAUUAAAGACCGCAAAGCCACAGAAACUGAGAAGGAGGAGAAAAAAGAGAAGGAAGCCAAACUUGAGGAAACCGUCCACAUGAAACUAAAAGAAGAAAAGCCAAAGGAGGUUAAACCUGAGGCAAAAACCACUGAGAAGAAACCACAAAAGCCCAAAGAAAAAGAUGUAGAGAAGAAGCUUCCCAAAGAUGAAAUGGAAGUCAAUAAACUGCCUAAGAAAGAGAAGGAAGUUAAGAAACCAUCUAAAGAUGAGAAAGUGAAGAAACCUUCACAAGAAAAGACAGAGCUGACAAGAGCCCUUCAACAGAAAGAAGUCAGGAAACCACUUAAAGAGGAGAAAGAAUCAAAGAAACCUUUGAAAGAAAAGAUGGAACUGAAGAAACCAUCUAAAGAGGGGAGGGAAGAUAAGAAACCCUCUAAAGAAGAGAGAGAAGUAAAGAAACCACCUAAACAAGAGAAAGAUAGCAAGAAACCACUCCAAGAAGAGAGGGAAUCCCAUAAAUUACAUGUAAAAGAAAAGGAAAUCAAGAAAUCACCUAAAGAGGAAAAGGAAAUUAAAAAACACACUAAAGAAGACAUAGUAGUAAGGAAACCAUCUAAAGAAGAGAAAGAAGUAAAGAAACUACCAAAAGAAGUGGAAGAAGUCAAGAAACUUCUCAAAGAGGAGAUAGAGGUGUUGAUAUCGCCCUCAGAAAAGAAAGAAGUUGAGCAACCACCUAAAAUGGAGAAAGAAGUCAAGAUACUACACAAAGAAGAAACCAAAUUCAAGAAACCAUCUAAGGAAGAACAAGAAGUCAAGGAAUCACCCACAAAAGAUGAAGAAAUAAAGAAACCACUUAAAGAGCAGAGAAAAAUCAAGAAACCAUCUGAAGAAGAGAAAGAGGUGAAGAAGACAUCUAAAGAAGAGAAAGAGUUGGAUAAACCUCCCAAAGAAGAAAGGGAGGCAAAGAAGCCAUCUGAAGAAGAAAAAGAGGUGAAGAAGACAUCUAAAGAAGAAAAACAGGUGAAGAAGCCUCUCAAAGAAGAAAGGGAUGCAAAGGAACCAACUAAAGAAAAAAAAGAGGUGAAGGAGCCAUCUACAGAAGAAAAAGUGGUGAAGAAGCCUCUCAAAGAAGUGAAAGAGGCAAAUAAGACAUCUAAAGAAGAGAAAGAGGUGAAGAAACCAUCUAAAGAAGAAAAAGAGGUGAAGAUGCCUCCCAAAGAAGGGAAAGAGGCAAAUGAGACAUCUAAAGAAGAGAAAGAGGUGAAGAAGCCUCCCAAAGAAGAGAAAGAGGUGAAGAAGCCUCCCAAAGAUAAUAAAGAGGUGAAGAAGCCAUCUAAAGAAGUGAAAGAGGUGAAAAAGCCACUCAAAGAGGAAAAAGAGCUGAAGAAGCUGCCCAAAGAAGAGAAAGAGGUAAAGAAGCCAUCUAAAGAAGAAAAAGAGUUGGAGAAGCCUCUCAAAGGGGAAAAGAAGCCAUCUGAAGAAGAGAAAGAGGCAAAGAAGCCACCCAAAAAAGAAAAGAAGUUUGAGAAGCCUCCUAAAGAAGAGAAAGAGGUGAAGAAGCCUCUCAAAGAAGUGAAAGGGGUGAAAAGGACAUCUAAAGAUAAAAAGGUGUUGGAGAAGCCUCCGAAAGAAGAGAAAGAGGUGCAUAAACCUCCCAAAGAAGAAAGGGAGGCAAAGAAGCCACCUACAGGAGAGAAAGAAGCAAAGAAGCCAUAUGAAGAAGAAAAAGUUGUAAAGAAGCCUACUCACGAAGAUAAAAAGCUGGAGAAGCCUCCCAAAGAAGAGAAAGAGGCGAAGAAGCCACCUAAAGAAAAAAAAGAGGUGAAGGAGCCAUCUACAGAAGAAAAAGUGGUGAAGAAGCUACCUAAAAAAGAGAAAGAGUUGGAGAAGCCUCCUAAAGAGUCGAAAGAGGCAAAGAAGCCUCUCAAAGAAGUGAAAGAGGCAAAUAAGACAUCUAAAGAAGAGAAAGAAGAGCCUUAUUCUCCCAAAGAAGAGAAAGAGGUGAAGAAGCCUCCCAAAGAAGAGAAAGAGGUGAAGAAGCCAUCUAAAGAAGAUAAAGAGGUGAAGAAAAAAAGAGAAGAUAAAGAGGUGAAGAAGCCAUCUAAAGAAGACAAAGAGGUGAAGAAGCCUCUCAAAGAAGAAAAAGAGGUGAAGAAGCCAUCCAAAGAAGAUAAAGAGGUGAAGAAGCCAUCUAAAGAAGAUCAAGUGGUGAAGAAGCCUCUCAAAGAAGAAAAAGAGGUGAAGAAGCCAUCCAAAGAAGAUCACAAGGUGAAGAAGCCACUCAAAGAGGAAAAAGAGGUGAAGAAGCCAUCCAAAGAAGAUAAAGAGGUGAAGAAGCCUCUCAAAGAAGAAAAAGAGGUGAAGAAGCCAUCCAAAGAAGAUCACGAGGUGAAGAAGCCACUCAAAGAGGAAAAAGAGGUGAAGAAGCUGCCCAAAGAAGAGAAAGAGGUAAAGAAGCCACCUAAAGAAGAUAAAGAGUUUGAGAAGCCUCUCAAAGGGGAAAAGGGGGAAAAGAAGCCAUCUGAAGAAGAAAAGGAGAUGGAUAAUUCUCCCAAAGAGGAAAAAGAGGAAAAGAAGCCACCUAAAGAAGAGAAAGUGGUGAAAAAGCCACUUAAAGAAGAAAAAGUUGUGAAGAAGCCACCUCAAGAACAGAGAAAGCUGGAGAAGCCUCACAAAGAAGAGGAAGAGCGAAAGAAACAAUCUAAAGAAGAAAAGGACGUCACAAAAACACCCCAAAGUGAGAAAGAAAUCAAGAAACCAUCUAAAGAAGAGAAAGAGGUGAAGAAACCACUUAAAGAUGAAAAAGAGAUAAGCAAACCCACCAAAGAAGAGAAAAAAGUAAAGAAACCUUUGAAAACAGAGAAGAAACCACCCAAAGAAGAGUUAGAUUUGAAACCAUCUGAGGAAGAGAAAGAAUCAAAGCAACCUGAAGAAGACAAAGUAGAGAUAGAAGCUAAAAAACUUCAGGAAGUAAAUAUGCCUGAAGAAAUGAAACCAUUUAAGGAGGCAAAACAAAUUAAGACAUCUACAAAACAGAAAGAAGAAAAAGAGGUUAAGAAGUCAUCUAAGGAGAAGAAAUCGGGAAAGCAUUCAAAGGUAAAGAAAGAAGAGACGACACCUUCAGUGGAAGACAAAGAAGUGGAGAGGCCUUUAAAGAAAGAGGUGGAAGACAAGGAAGAGACAGAAGUCCAAAUACCUUUUGUUGAGGACAAAGAAGUAAAGAAGCCCUCUAAAAAGGAGAUUGAAAUGAAGAAACCUCAUUUGGAAGACAAAGAAUUCAAGGAACCUAUCAAGAGGGUAAAAGAAGUGAAGAAAGCCCUGAAAGAAGAGGAACAACCUCAAAUACCUUCUACAGAGGAAAAACCUCCCAAAAAACAGAGUGAACUAGAAAAAGAAGAGAAAGAACCAAAAAAGCCUAAAGUGGUAAACAAGGUCAAAAAGCAUCUCAAGGAAGAGAAAGAAGAAAUACUGCCAAAAGAAGAAACACAACAAGGGCAGCCUUUGAAAGAAAAGAAGGGACAAGAAAAGCCACCUAAAGAGGCCAAAGAAGUUCAACAGCCUCCCAAAGAAGAGGAAGAAGUGGUAAAGCCUGCUAAAGAAAAACCAGAAAAGAUACUCAAAGAGGUGAAACUAUCAACCAAACCUUCUCAAGAGGUCAAAGAGGAGGAAAGACGAGAUCGACCUUCCAAACAAAAGGCAGAACCAGAGAAGCCCUCUGAAGAAAAACAAGAACCAGAGGAACCUUCUGACGGAGAAACGGAACCAACAAAACUGCCCAGAAAGGAAGACAAAGAGCCAAAGAAGCCUGCAAAAGAUAAGACGCUCCUGAAGAAACAAGAAGAGGAGAAGCCUUCUGAAGAAAAGAAAGCAGCCAAGAAGAUAACUGAAAAAGUAAAGGAACCAAAGAAGAUCUCAGAGGAAGAAACUCAACCAACAAAGCCUUCUAAAGAGAAAGGAACCAAGAAGACUCCCAAAGAACUUGUCAAGAAGAGAGACACAGAGACAGACGCUGGACCAAAAAUGGUUUUGAGUAGAAUCAAAGUGGUCAAGAAAGAGGUUGCAUCUGUCCUGAAGAAGGAACAUCUUAAUGCAACAAAAGCAGCUGAAGAAGCCAAAAAGCCUGUAAAGGUGCUGAGAGCUGUUAGAAGGCCGAUAGUUCCUAUCCUGAAAAGGGAACAUAUAAAUGUCACACAAACAGAGGUUCCUGAAGUUCCUAAGCUGAAAGCCAAAGCAGUUCCUGCAAGGAAAGUGGCAGCUUCCAAGGAGCCCAAGAAGGAACCAAAGCAAAAAAUCAAAACUAAACCUGUUAAACCAGAUAUUGAUGCAGCGAAGGAAAAGGAAAAAACAUCCCCUGCAAAGAAAGAGGCUGAAAUCAUCCAAGAAAAGACUAAACGGGUUCCUUCAAAGAAGGAAGUUCCAAAGGAAAAGGCCAAAGCAGCACCUGUGAAGAAAGAGGUUGCUGCUCCAAAAGAAAAGGCCAAAUCAGUCAUCUUGAAAAAAGAACAAGAAGACACCCCCAGAAAUGCAACCCUGGUAAAAGAGAGAGUCAAAAUAGUGCCUAUGAAGAAAGGAGUUAAGGUACCAAAGGAGAGCAUCAAAGUUUCUGCGAAGACAGCUGAGGUUUCAAAACCGAAGCCCAAACCAGUUGUAACAAAGCGAGAAGCUGUUCCUCUCAAGACAAAAUCAGUACCUUUAGUCAAAGAGGCGGAAGUGCCACACAAAAAUAUAUCUCUUUCAAAGGACAAGCUCAAGGUGGUGCCACUGAGGAAAGUGCCUGUAACUCCAAAAGAAAAAGUUAAACCAUCAGCAACAAAAAAAGAAGCUGAAGUUCUAAAGGAGAAGAAGGUCGAACAAGUGACUCCCAAAAAAGCUGUUACCAAGCCAAAACCAAAAACUGCUGAGAAGAAAAAAGAAGCUGUUGUGAAAGAAAAGGCAAAACCCUCCCAGAAAGAACCAGAAGUUAUAAAGGAGCAGCCUAAACCAGUUCACGAGAAGACAGCUGCUAAAACAGCGGCUGGAGCAGGAAGGGAACAAGAGGAAUCCCUCGUAAAGAAGAAAGAGCCCAAAGUACAAGAGGAGAAAGUCAAACCAGCUGUUAAAAAAGCGGUGUUGAAGGAAACGGUCAAACCCGUCCGUGUGAAGAAAGAAAAAACAGUUGACAAGAAGGCAUCUAAAGGUACAGAGGACAGAGUUCUUAAAGAGAUUCAGGCGCCUGCAAAGAAAGAAAGAUCUGUUGAGAAGAAAGCAGCCAAAGAAGAGAAAGUUAAAGCGGCGCCUGCUGUAUCAGACAGCUUUCUAAUGGAAGACGAGCUGCCCUACUUCCAGUGUUUCUUUGUGGACGAGGACGAGGCCCAGUUUCCGUUCUACGCCUUCUCGCCGAUGCACAUUUGAGUCUGACUCCGGUCGGUGGUUUUUGAGUGACGACGCGGUCAAUUCCCCGAUAAUGACAAGGUCACAUCACACCCGGUGCUGCCGAGACGCAGCUGCAGUUCACUGUUGGUCUUCAGGAGAGAAGCCUGGACCGCAGAGGAUGACGGGUGAUGGACCAUUAUUUAUUAUUUUAUUUCCAGAUUUGGUUGAGCUCUCGUACCAAAUACAUGCUACCACUGUCAUUCCUUUUUCCAUUUCUUUCUGAUUUUUUUUUUUUUUUUUGGUGUGUGUUUAAUUCUUUUGAGAGGCAGAUUUCAUAGGAAUCUUUUAUGUCACGUAUUAGCUUCUGUGGAUCACUCAGUUGGAUCCUCAAAGUGACAUACGCAAAUACCUUUAUUACAUUUACACUAAUUUAUUGUAAUGCGUCUGUGCAAAAGAACAUCUGUACUCCUGCACGAUUUUGCAAUUUUUUUUGGAGUUAAACUGUGCUGUCAACAGGGCACAAACAUGACCACAAUCACUAAUCCAAGGCUGACAGGGGUUCAGUUCCUUUUUCAGCCCGUGUUUACUUGAAAAGUGGUUUGUACAGUACAUUCAUGGUUAUAGGUUUAGUUUCUUUUUUCAUUUAAUUACAUGUGAUUUCGAAAAACCCUGCAUUUUAAUCCCUUAAAUCAACAACUGGGCAUUUGCACAUGAUUCCAUCAUUCUUUAAUUUAAGGGAUUUAUUACUCACACAUUUUCCUCUUUUCCUUCCCUUCUGGGCACAAAAAAAGGAAUAAGAUCAUUGAUGAAAGGAAAUUGGAAUUGAAAUUAAUCAUCUUUGCCUUUUCAGAGAUACAGUUCCAAUGUUUUUUUGUUUUGUUUUGUGUCAAAAGGAAUGACUAUGCACUGUAUAAGAGAGCUCCCAAUCUUACUGACGAAACACUACCUGACAUGUUGACAUUUAAAGUCUUAUUAACCUUGAACCAUCCAGACGUCUGCGCCAGCCCCUCAUAUGAAGCGUUGCAUUGCCUGCGCUCUCAGAAUGAAGUUCAAGUAUCAGAUUCAUUCUGGAAUGACCUUGAUAGACCAAAAACGCACUGACCUUGGUCAGUGUGCACAACGUAGGAACUUGACAUAUUGUGGAAACAUUUUGUGCAGCUUCGAGAAAGUGGCAGAAAAGUCAAAGACAAUAUUUCCAGGUUAACUUUGCAAAAGUUUUUGAAAGCUGGCAUACAUAGAAUAAUAUUGAUGCAUAUCUCAUGAUGAUGACAUAUUUACUGUGCUUAAAUGCAGAAUAUAAACAGGAUUUAUAUUAUAUUGACAUCCUGUACUUGACACGUACAGGCAGGGCUACCAGGUGUCAGAUUGAGUUUGAAUACUGAUGAUUGGUCUUGAAUUCGAAGCCAAGUCAUGUAUUCAAAAUCUCUGAGAGAUGACGUUGGCGUUAACGUGAUUAUGUUGGAGUUAAGCCUAAUGUUGAAACGCCGACAUGAUUGUAUCUGAUCCUCGCGUGAUCCAAAUCUAAGUUGUUGCAGAGGCGAUCGCGGUUGUCAACUGGUACAUUACUGCUCAGUCAGCUUGUACCAGCAGUCGUUUACUGUACAUAUGGCUCUUUACAUUUUGCUCCAUAUGCUGCAUGGAAGACAGUUAGUAAAGCUUGUUGGUCCUAUUCUAAUCUGAGUCCACCAUACACUCUUUAUUAGACCAUGGAUGGUGCAGCUCACAGUGAGCUCAGGCUCCAGUAACUGUCAUGUGACAGCUGGAGUUUUAUGGUGAUGCUCCACCAUGGCUUUUGUUGUAAGUUUUGUUUUGUUCCCAAAAUGACAAAACAUCGUCCUGUCCUCGAAAAAUCUUCAUGAGUUAUUGGAUGUUAGUAAAGAGGACGUUAUUGCUAAUAUCACAAAAAAGACGUUUGGAUUUCAAGGGAAAACUGUUUUGUAUCGAAAGACAGAACAUGUGCAAUACAUAAAUAUUGGAUUUUCUUAGUGAUGAAAGAAAUGUAUGUUUGUCUGAUAGUCCUUGAAUGAAAUGUGCGUGUGUGUGUGUGUGUGUGUGUGUGUGUGUGUGUGCGUGCAUCUUUAAUUUUAUGCUUUCAAAUGCUUGUUAUAUUUUUUCCCCAACCAGAACCUUGAGAAUGGCAACAUGACAUACUUGAACUUGUGAAUCAGGAUAUUUGAUACCAGUUCAUUUGUAUCAGUGUUGCAAACAUCAUAUAAUUACACAUAUAUAUAAUUACAACUACAUAACUGUAAUGAAUUAGUCAUCUCAUUGUAAAUAGCUAAAUUAAUGGAGGAAUUGUGUUUUAUCCCUGAACUAGUGCUACUGAAACUGCUCUUUACCUGCAGUUCAAAUUGUAUUAUGUGUCAGUUUACAGUUAAACUCUCAUUGUGCCUGUCAAUAAUAGCAAUUUAACAUUAAAACAUAGCAAUGCAAAUCUUU